UUUUGUUUACUCACAUCUCACAUCCAGCCAGAGUUGUCUCUACUCACAUCGAUAUUUGGACAAAACAAGGUCACGUUGUAAGAACAAUCCACUAGCUUAGAUAGAUAUGACAAGAUAGCAGCAUUAUCUCAUGAUUAAUUUUUUUUUGUAUCUCUUAGUUUUUGCUGUACCUCAUAGGAUUGUUGAUGCUGAAAUGACGAAGUUUUGUGCCAACUUAGCGUUUCUUUUUACUGAAAGUAAUUUGCUAGAAAGAUAUAAUUUGGCCAAAAAUGCAGGUUUCAAGUGUGUUGAAACUGGAUUUCCCUUUGGUUUCACUAGGGAAGAAGUGGUGAAAGCAAAAACUUCAUCUGGGUUGGAACAGGUUUUAAUCAACAUUUACACUGGGGAUGUAACUAAAGGCGAGUUAGGAUUUGCAGCUCUUCCUGGCAAAGAACAGGAAUUCAAAGAGAGCAUUCACAAAACCAUCCAAUAUGCAAAAGAUCUAGGAGUACGAAAGAUUCAUAUCAUGUCAGGUAGAGUUUUAGAGGGAGUUUCCCAGGCAAAUGAUAAUGCCUAUCUGCAGAAUUUGAAGUAUGCUGCUGGAUUACUUGAAAAAGAAAAUAUUGUGGGGUUAAUUGAACCAAUAAAUAGUUACUCUGUCCCCAAUUACUACAUGAACAGUUAUAAAAAAGCAGUGGAAGUUGUUGAGACUAUUAAAAGUCCCAACUUGAAAAUAAUGCUGGAUAUUUUUCACCUACAACAUAUUCAAGGAAAUGUUUCAAAUACUAUUAAAGAUUUAAUGAAAUAUAUUGGUCAUGUGCAAAUAGCACAAGUACCAAAUAGAAAUGAACCAAACACUGAUGGUGAACUCAAUUAUAAAUAUAUUCUGGAUCUGUUAAGGAAAGAAGGAUAUACUGAUUGGAUAGGAUUGGAAUAUAAACCAAAAAGUGAUACUUUAAAGGGCUUGAAUUGGAUCAAGGAAAUGGGAUAUUCCCUUUAGUGAACCCAAUACAUAAU